UGAAGGCUGCUGGAAACAAUAAGUUUUUUGUCACCGCCCCCCGCUGCGGCCAUAGGCUGCGGCCGCCUGCUCUCGUCUAUCUUUCCAGGCGAGAAAACCUUUGAUCACACCGUCAAUAAUCAAUAAUGGACUCAUUGUCUCACAGGUGAUGUCGUCAUCGUGAGACUUGAAAAGAUCCCGUUCGCGCCACAUCGUUGCUGUGCCACGGAUGACGUCACGCCUCCUGAAACCUCUCCGGAACGCCCAUCUUUCAAAAAUCCCAGGCGCGCUGUGAUUGGCUGCUCGGGGACACGUGACCAACGGUCGCGGGAAGUCCUCUGCCACGCGCGUGAUAGGAAGCGGAGCAGCUCGAGACUCAUUCAGCGUUUGUUGUAAACAUUGGUUCGGUUUUAUUAACGGAAAGAAGACGGUAGAUACCGGAACUGGACCGGAGCCGGUACUUUGUCUGUCUGUUGUUAGUUUAACAGAAGCGUCGGGACUUUAUUGUUCCGGUAAAUCCUGCUCUUACCGUGAGUUAGUCCGGAGCCAUUUCACGGUGCUGAAGGGGCGUGUUGGAGUUACCCAAGUUUUUCCUGGGACGUUAACGGACCUUUAAGCGUCUCCGGUACUUUGUGGACUCUGUGUUUGAAUCGGUGCCUUUAUUUUAAGGUAGUUAAAAGUUUAACGGCUCCGUGUUUAAGGUAAGAAACCGUAGCGGGGAUCCAACCGCGUGAUUUUCUCUUCGACGCCGCCGCCGGGGUUUAAAUCGUGAACAUGUCGGGCUUCAGCCACCACCGACACGGAUCAGACUCUCCCAAGACUUUACCGAUCCGCCAGAAGCUCCAGUUCACCUCCAGCGACGGAGAGGACGAGCCCAUCGAGGACGUGAACAACAGCACCGGAGGAGAGUCCGGUUUCACGGAGAUGGACUCCCCGAUGCCGGUGCGGCGGAGCCCCGUGGAUAAACGUCUGGAGGGCGGCAGCAGCCCCCUGAACCAGUCCGGUGGGGACGACGACGUGGAGCUGUGGGACGAGGAGAGCUUCGGGUCCCCGUCUCACCUCCGUUCACCGAGCAGCGUCCUUUUCGCCAACUGCUCCCCGUCACCGAGGAAAGCCUCCCGGCUGUACGGAGGAUCACCGGAGCGCUCCUACGUCCAGGACGACGGGGAAGGAUCCAGCUCCCCGAUCCCGGACUGUCCCGACACACCUCCGCACAAGACUUUCAGAAAACUGAGGCUGUUUGACACCCCGCACACCCCCAAGAGUUUGUUGUCCAGGGCCCGGGGGUCGGGUCUGGGAUCGUCCAGCAGGAGAGUCGCCCUCUUCAAGAAUGUGGAGGCUUCAGGGAAGCUGCUCACAGACAGCGGCAGGAGACAGCAGACCCCUCUGGUCAACUUUAACCCCUUCACUCCCGACUCCCUCCUCAUCCAGUCUGCCACCCAGCAGAGGAACAACAGGAAGAGGGCGCACUGGAACGACUCCUGUGGAGAGGACAUGGAGGCGAGUGACGGCGAGGCAGAGGAGGAAGUGCUGCCACCUUCAAAGAGGAUCACCAUGAUGGAGAACAACAUGAUGUCCAGAUACACCUCAGAGUUCCUGGAGCUGGAGAAGAUCGGCUGUGGGGAGUUUGGUGCCGUGUUCAAGUGUGUGAAAAGACUCGACGGCUGUAUCUAUGCAAUCAAGAGGUCGAAGAAACCUCUGGCAGGAUCCGUAGACGAACAGAACGCCCUGCGGGAGGUGUACGCCCACGCCGUGCUGGGCCAACAUCCCCACGUGGUGCGAUACUACUCUGCCUGGGCUGAGGACGACCACAUGCUCAUCCAGAAUGAGUACUGCAACGGCGGCACACUGUCUGACGUCAUCGCAGAGAACUACAGACGCCUCAGUUACCUGUCGGAGCUGGAGCUCAAAGACCUGCUGCUGCAGGUCACACGAGGACUCAAGUACAUCCACUCCAUGUCUCUGGUCCACAUGGACAUCAAGCCCAGCAACAUCUUUAUUUCACGGAAGUCUGUAACCAGCUGUGACGAGUGUGAUGAGGACGAAGGACUGACCACCAGCGUCGUCUACAAAAUAGGUGAUCUUGGUCAUGUGACACGAGUAAACAACCCCCAGGUGGAGGAAGGUGACAGCAGAUACCUCGCCAAUGAAGUUCUGCAGGAGGACUACAGUAAGUUGACGAAGGCGGACAUCUUUGCUCUGGCUCUGACAGUCGUCAGUGCCUCGGGGGCGGAGCCUCUUCCCACAAACGGAGACAAAUGGCACGAGAUCCGACAGGGAAAACUUCCCGCCAUCCCACAAGUGCUCUCUCCAGAGUUCCUCAGUCUUCUCAAGCUGAUGAUCCAUCCUGAUCCAAGUAGACGACCAUCAACCUCUGACCUCAUCAAACACCCGGUGCUCCUCACUGCCGCCAGAAUGAGCGCCGACCAGCUGCGAGUGGAACUCAACGCAGAGAAGUUCAAGAACGCACUGCUGCAGAAGGAGCUGAAGAAGGCCCAGCAGGCUCGAGCUGCAGCUGAGGAGAAGGUUUUGACCACCGACAGGAUCCUGACCCGCUCCACGGUCCAGUCCAACCCCAGAACCUCCAGACUCAUCGGCAAGAAGAUGAACCGCUCGGUCAGCCUCACCAUCUACUGA